GUUUGGUUGCCAAAGGGCCAGCCAAGAAACAACUUUUCAGCUCUGACUUUCUUUCUCCCCAGGUUCCCACAACCCUCGGUGGCAGCUUGGCUUGGGGGGGCCCCGGAAGCAGAAAUGGCCCAGGUGCCACACCUGGACCGCAGCUCUACAGAUUUGGCUCGCCCUCUCUUGCACCAGGAUCCGGACGGGGGCAGGGAGAAGAUGCCUUACUCAGUGGAGACCCCCUAUGGUUUCCUGCUGGAUCUAGAUUUCCUCAAGUACGUGGACGACAUUGAGAGGGGCCAAACCCUCCGGAGGCUGCCGCUGCAUCGCAAAGUUAAGGGGUCCAAACAAGCCCCAAGCUUCUCCCCCAGUCAAGCGGGGGGCUGGGCCUCCACCGAGUCCCUCUCGUCCACGACCAGCGAGGAUGGGAAGCCAGCCUCCCCACGGCCCCGAACCAGCUCCUCCGAGACCAUGGAGCCCGCAAGCAAAGGGGUCUCCCUCCCGCCCUCUCCUGCGCCUACCGUCCAGCUCCCCCUGCCGCCUUCCCCCGACUCUGCAGUGGCGAGGGGCGCCCGGGUGGAGACAACCUUGCUGGAGACCAGCAGGAGGCUGGAAGAGGCGCAGCUUGGUCUGCUGACCGGGGCAGGGGCUGCAGCGGGGCUCAAGAGGACGGCCACUGAGACCUCCCGAGACGGCGUGCACCCCCCUCGCUCUGUUUCCCCUCUGGCAGGGGAGAGCCAGGCCGACCCCCCGCGGGCCAGCCUGCCCAAUUCAGGGAGGAGCACCCCAGUUUCCACGGUGAGCCCUGCACACCUCCAUCACGUCCGGGAGCAGAUGGCCGCUGCCCUCAGGCAGCUGAAGGAGCUGGAGGAGCAGGUGAAGAUGGUCCCCCUCCUGGAAGAAGAGAUCUGCCGGCUGAAGCAAGAGAGGGAGCAGCUGGCAGCCAGCUUGGGGGGGAGGCCUGAAGGUGGGGAGCCCGGGGUCUUCCACUUCCCCCCGAGGCCUCCCCAAGGCAGGGCUGCCGGUCCAGACACAGCGCGGGCCCAGGGCCACCGGGAGGCCCGCCCUGAGAGUGAGGGUGACGGCGAUGGCGAGCCAGCCAGAGGGAGGCCGAGGAAGAUCGUGGAGCUGAAGAAACUGACUGAGAGGCUGUCUGGCUCGGAGAGGGCCAGGAAAAGCAGAGGAGGGACCCGCCCCCCAAAAGUGGAAGAGCCCGGCAAGAGGUCCAUCGGCGUCGGGGAGGAGGUGGACAUGAGCGAGGCCGUCUUCUACUACCGGAGCCAAAGGCCAUGCCAAGAGGUAGCCGUGGGGUGCGAGACGGAGACCCACGACGCAGAGGUGUGGGUGAUGGAGUCCUUCCUCGGGGUUUCCUCGGAGGCUGAGGAGGAAAUACGGCUGCUGCAAGAUGAGGUCCGGCACCAGCGCGAAGUGAUCGCCAUGCUGGAGGGGCACCUGAGAGAGGCCACUGAGGAGCUGGAGGAACUGCGGGUGGAGGUUUGUGCCCGCCGGCCAGGCGGCCUGGUCAGCAGGGCGACCCUGGCCUGUCCGGAGACAGCUGAAGCCUGUGUGGAGGCCAUUCCACCCACUCGCUGCCAGGCCGUGGGCAGCCACGUCGCAACGGUGGAGGCGAGCGCCCAAAGCUCCCUGCCGGUGGUGCACGUAGGAGUCGGCUGCGACUUGCAGGAGAAGGUUUGCACAGAAGCAGGCUCCGCAACGGACUCACGACGGAGAGCCUUGCAGAUCCAACCAGGGACAGAGCACAAAGGCCAGAAAUGGCAAAACAAAUCCACGGGAGCUACAGCUGAUCGCGGCACAGCCAGGGAGGGGUCCGGGUCAGAAGAUGCCAAGCCCGGGAAGCCAAUAGGCGGCAGGGAGGGGACACCGGUCCAGCUGCCUUUGCAGACCACAGAGGGAGAACCGGAUCCUGGGCCGUCUUCGUCCCCGGGAACGGGUGGGAAGGAAAGCCGUGAGCCAGACGUGGUGGAGGGGGCUGGCGCCCUGAAGUCAAUCAUGAAGCGGCUGGACAGCCCGGCUGAGGCAGAGGCAGGGGGCCACGGGAAGAAGACCCUCCAGUUUGUGGGCCUCCUGAAUGGCGAGUACGAACCGGUCAUCUCUGGCGGGAGAAAAAGCCGGGACAGAGGGCGACUGCGUGGCCCCCUGCAGGGGGGGGGGAGAUGGCUGUUGGUCCCGCUUCCCUCCUCCUCAGAAGCUCAGUUUCAUGGGGGAGGGGGACUUGCUACCCGCUUGGCUCCAUGUCCAGCACGGGAGACAGCUGCCAGCCUGGGAUCACAUCUGGGGCCUUGGCAGGUAGGCAGGUACCUGAGGGCACUGGCCACUGGCACCUGGCGCUGGCUUUCCCCUGAUGCCUUCUCUUGUGGCAGGUAUGAGAGCACCUCUAGUGAGGAGGAAGAGGAGGAAGAGGAGGAGGAGGAGGGGUCCCCAGGGGAGGGGUCUCUCUGCAGCUCCUUCAGCGAGACAGUCAGCAGGUCCAGUGACUUGGAGGGUGUUGCCACCAGCCCUGAUGUCAGCUGCAGCAGCGAGGAUGACGAGGGGACCCCAGUCCCAGAGGCAGCACCGGACCACCCAAGGGCGAGCCCAGACCCCGAAGACGCCACCGGCCAGGAAGCAGCUGCUCCCCACAUCAAGGAGAGGUUUGAGCUGAGCCCUUGGAUGAGAGAGGCCUGCCUGGCGGUGCGGACCCAUCUGGGCCACAGCAGAGCGGCCCCAAAGAGCAAGGAGCUGCUCUCCAGCACCGGCCUGGUCCUGCAGGAGUGGUUCCGGGUGUCCAGCCAGAAGGCCUCCCGGGCCAGCAAGGUAGCGAAGUACCUGCGGGCUUUUGCCGAACUCUCCCCAGGACUGCUGGCACAUAUCAUCAACCUCUCUGACGGCAACGGGAACAUGGCGCUCCACUACAGCGUCUCCCACUCCAACUUCGACAUUGUCCGGCUCCUGCUAGACACAGGCGUCUGCCACGUCAACCACCAGAACAAGGCAGGCUAUACGGCCCUGAUGUUGGCCGCGCUGGCGACGAUGGAGCGGGAAGAUGACAUGGCCGUGGUCCGGCAUCUCUUUGACAUGGGCAAUGUCAACGCCAAGGCCAGCCAAGCUGGCCAGACGGCACUGAUGCUCGCGGUCAGCCACGGAAGGCGAGAGAUGGUGGAAGCACUGCUGGCCUGCGGGGCAGACGUCAACCUGCAGGACGAGGAGGGCUCUACUGCGCUCAUGUGCGCCUGUGAGCACGGACGGGUAGAAACCGUGCAGCUGCUUUUGACUCAGCCAGCCUGCAACACGUCCAUUGUGGAUCACGACGGGAACGAUGCCGCAGCCAUCGCCUUGGAGGGCGGACAUCACGACAUCGCGGCUCUGAUAUCCGCCCACCGCACGCAGUCGGCAGUCGGGCCGGGACUGUGACCGUAUUCAGCCACGAUCACAGGCCGCUCCAGUGCUCGAAUCGCCCUGUCUGCAGCUGCCUCCCCGGCCAGAAGGACGUGCGACCAAAGAGAGAAGCCCAGGAGAUCCUGCCUGCACCACCACGCGCCCCUGCCGCUGGGAAGCUGUCUGGGUGAGGCUCCUGCCGGGCCCGUUCUACUAUUGUCAGCCACCUAGCGAACCUGACGCCCUCUCCCAGCAUCCUCAGUUCCACCAACAGGAAGUGAUCAGGGAAAAGCUAUGACCUGUCUUUAUUGUAGAAAAGACUCACCGCGUGUCAUUUUCUGCACAUGGACAGAACCUGUACGGCCAGGGCGGGGGCAAAGACCUCUCCCCGGCAAGCGUCCUGCCCGACAAACCCCCAACUGUAAUAAAAAAUAGCAAGAGGGCGGAGUGCUCGAUGAAGCCUAGACGCCACCUAUCCGAAGCUUUAUCUCGCUAGAAUAAAGUCCCGUAACACUUGACUCCUCUGUGUCACAAUUCCAGAGCAAAAUUUGGAAGGAAGAGAGCAGGACUGUGCCUGCUGCACAUUCCAGAGAACUCACCACAGGCUGUUUUCCAUAAAGUAUUAAGAUUCACA